UGGGGGAGGGGAAGGAGAGAAAGGGGACUGAGGACACCUCAGGAGCCCCUCAUCCCAAACUGGAACAGAAGGGGAGAGAUGGCUUGUGGAGGCUGCACUUACAGCCGCUGCCGCUGCUGCCGCCGCCACCUUCGCUGCUGCCGCCACCGCCUGAAGAAGCCCCAUCCAUCCGCCUGCAGCCGGGAGACUCAGAGCCUGGGAGGGGCCUGAGGCCCGGGCCGCCCGCCUCCUUCUUCUAGUCGUCGUCCGGAGCUUCCUCCUGCUCCACCAACCCUCUGCCCUCCCCUCCGCCUCCGCCCUCCUCCUCGGCCUCGUGCCGCCAGCCAACCGCGCGGCCGCUUGUUGAGCCAGAGCUCCACUGUCGCCAUGACGCCCGGCAAACAUUCCGGAGCCUUGGCCUGAGCAGCCAACGCAGGGGCUUGGAGGUACAGGGACUUCAGAGGCGGCCAAAAGGGGUGGUGGACCACUCCCCAGCUGGUCGCCACCAUGCCAGUCUCUCCGGCAGGCAGUCACAAGCAGCAGAACUUCAGGUUGAACAUUGCCACACAACCAAAGAAGUCUAUUAGCUUUUUUGCUACAAUGAAAGCAACUUCAGUGAAAGGAUAUACUGGUGCAAAUCAAAGCAGAAUGGCUGUGUCCAAAACCGUGCUUAUUCCACCUGAAUUGAAAACUGCAGAAAAAACAAAUCCCAGUAUAAAGACAAUGCAGGUGUUUGACAUAAAUGGAACUGAUGUUACUCCUCGACCUCUUUACCAUCCAGAUCCACUUACUGGUACAGCAAAGCCAAAUAAACUCUUGACAUCACAAGAAGGAUCACUUGGACCAGAAUUUAUAUCUUCCCAUAGCCUUUAUCAGAAUACAAUAAAUCCUAGUAUGUUAGGGCAGUUUACAAGGUCAGUUUUAGGAAGCAGUACAGUUUCUAAGUCAAGUGUAUCAACAAGUGAAUCAAUAGCAGAAGACCUGGAAGAACCAUCCUAUAAACGAGAAAGACUGACUAGUUUCACAGAUUUGCAAGUUAUAAGGGCAGCACCUGAAAAAAUUGUAACAAAAGAAGACCUGGAGAAGAAUAUAGAGAUAAUACUUACAGAGACAGAAACACUGAAAUUUUUUGACUUGCCCACAGUCAUGGUCUCUGUAGAAUCUGAAGAAGCUGAGAAAGUAACUCAGAGGAACAAGAAUUAUGAAGUCCUUUGUAGAAAUAGAUUAGGCAAUGACCUAUAUGUUGAAAGGAUGAUGCAGACUUUCAAUGGAGCACCAAAGAAUAAAGAUGUUCAGUGUGAUAAAAUCAUAAUGGAAGAUAAAGGCAUAAUGUCCACUGCCUGGGAUUUGUAUGAUUCUUACAAUGCUAUGGAACCUUUAUCAGUAAAACCAUCUGUGGUUGAGUCAAGUAGUAAAACAAAUGUACUUCCUAAAGAUCAGGACCAAAGAUUGCCAGGGAGCACUACAGAAAAAAAUAGUGAAACUAGUUCUCUAAUGGACAUAGAAAACGUAAUUCUGGCAAAAAUCCAUGAAGAUGAGGAAGACCACUCAGAUGCAAUAUUAAAGUCUGACAAAUUUCAUCAGGACUUAUUUUUUAUGGAACGAGUUCUAAUGGAAAAUUUAUUUCAGCCAAAACUUGCAGCUUAUCGUCAGCUUCCUGUUUUAAAAGAACCUGAACCUGAAGAGCCUGAAGAUUUUUUAGAAAGUGCAAAACGUGAAGAAGUAGAGGAAGAAUCUAAGAAGGAAGAGGAAGAAGAAAUACAUGCAGAAGAAUCAACAAUACCCGCCAACUUGGAACGACUUUGGUCUUUUUCCUGUGACUUAACCAAAGGCCUCAAUGUGAGCAGCCUUGCCUGGAAUAAAACAAAUCCAGAUCUUUUGGCUGUUGGCUAUGGGCACUUUGGAUUUAAAGAGCAAAAAAGAGGAUUGGCUUGCUGCUGGUCAAUAAAGAAUCCCAUGUGGCCAGAACGUAUUUAUCAGAGUCCAUAUGGAGUUACUGCUGUGGAUUUUUCAAUUGGAGCACCUAACCUUUUAGCAGUUGGCUACCACAAUGGCACAAUUGCAAUUUACAAUGUACGGAGCAACAGUAAUGUUCCGGUUCUGGAUAGUAGUGAAUCACCUCAAAAACAUUUGGGACCUGUCUGGCAACUACAGUGGAUAGAACAAGAUCGAGGAACAACAGGAGAUGACAAAAGAGAAAUACUAGUUUCUAUAUCAGCAGAUGGAAGAAUCUCCAAAUGGGUUAUACGAAAAGGACUAGACUGUUAUGAUUUGAUGCGAUUAAAGAGAACUACAGCUACCAGUAACAGAAAAGGAGGGGAAAAGGAAAAGAAAGAUGAAGCUUUGAUAUCUCGACAGGCUCCUGGAAUGUGUUUUUCUUUUCAUCCCAAGGACACAAAUAUCUAUUUGGCUGGCACUGAAGAAGGUCAUAUUCACAAAUGUUCUUGUUCAUAUAAUGAACAAUACCUAAAUACCUACAGAGGACAUAAGGGUCCAGUGUAUAAAGUGACAUGGAAUCCAUUUUGUCAUGAUGUAUUUUUAAGCUGUUCUGCAGAUUGGGGUGUUAUUAUAUGGCAACAGGAGAAUGUCAAGCCAUUUUUGAGUUUUUAUCCAACUACUUCUGUUGUUUAUGAUGUUGCCUGGUCUCCAAAAUCAUCCUAUAUAUUUGCAGCUGCAAAUGAGAACAGGGUGGAGAUUUGGGACCUUCAUAUCAGCACUUUGGACCCUCUGAUUGUGAAUACGGCUAACCCUGGAAUCAAGUUCACAACCAUUCUCUUUGCCAAACAAACAGAUUGCCUUUUGGUAGGAGACAGUGAUGGACAGGUUUCUGUGUAUGAACUGAGAAAUAUGCCUACUGCUUUGGAAUCUGGCCGGGGAGAUAUAAUAGAUACUUUGCUUGGACCCAAGUCAAAUCAACCAGCAUGA